AUGGUCUCGGUGCUGGUGAACACCACCCAGGGGCAGUUUGUCUCUGAGCAGGAGCUGGUGGAGGUGACCAGCAAGCUCAAUCUGGAGUACUGGCUCGAGAAGAACUUUCUCCUCUCCGCCUGUCUGCCUGCGUUUGGCUGCAAGUCAGUGCUCAAGUUGGCCGCCGCCGACGAGGGCCUCCAGACGGCCGCCUACCAGUUUGGGCAGAACCUGGGUUACUUCCUCAAGGCGCACCAGGAGAUCAACUGGUACCUGAAUCCGCGAGCCAACAGCCGCGACUACCUGGACUUUUGCGCCCUGCCCGUGGUGAUGCACUCGGUAGAGACGGGCGAACCGCUGGAGCACCUGGCGCUCACCGGCGGUGAACAGCAAGGUCCAAAGCUGCCGAAGUACGACUACUCGGCGCUGCACCAGCUCGUCCGCUCAGGGCCUGGUCUGGUGAAGUCGAAGACCGUCCUGGAGAUGUUUCGCGCUAAUGCCUUCACCAACCUAAAUCACUUUCCCGACUCUGCGGCGAGGGACUGUCUGAAGAAGCUGCUCAGUGCGAUCAACAUCUGA